AUGACCACAACCACGCGGAAGCCGCUCUCCAAAGCAGACUCCAUGGUCCUGGCCCAAGUCUUCGAUCCAGAAAGUGCACCGACCAGACCAGAGGUGCUGGUCAAUCCCGACCUGCCGGCAGAUGCUCACAUUCUGGACAAAGACCUUUUGCAAGAACUGAAAGCCCGAGAAAAGGAAGCCAUUGCGAUGAUUGAGGAGUUCGAGAAGUCAGGACAGACAUCUGUAUCCAAGAUCGAGGCAUAUCGAGCGGCUAUUUCCAUCAUGGACGACUUGAUCUCUCGCCAUCCAUAUUACGCCUCCGCGAGGAACAAUCGGGCACAGCUCCGAAGAUGGCGAUUUGGCGACCGCAAUCUGCUGUGCCAACCAAAAGCAUGCAUCGACCGUGAACGCAGCGCUGCAGGGCUCGCGGCCGUGCAGGACCUCCGCUCUUCAAUCGAUCUGGCAUCACCAGCGAGACCCCAAGACGGAGUAUCGCCUCCACAAGGUCGCCUGCUAGCACAAGCGACGACCCAGCUUGCAGCUCUGUACUACGCGGCAUCAAAAGACCUCGAUACGCCUUCACCGAAGGAGCUCGCCGACAUGGAUGAUAUCACAUGGAGCAAAGACAAAUUCGAGGAAGAGUCGUCCAGGCUGUUCUUUCUUGGUGGCCUCUACGGAAACGAAGUAGCCAAAGCAUUGGCUGUUCAUACCAAUCCGCAUGCGAAGCUUUGUGGGAGUAUAGUGAAAGAAGCCAUGCGGAAAGAGCUGUCCGCAUUUCACGGCAUUUCGGGUCUGCACGCACGCGAUCUGCCGCACGAUUGAAGUAUGCCGUCUUGCUAUCCCCAGAAAACACCUCCAACCAAAGUACCGUCGCGACUCCUCCUGUGAGCACUAUUCCUAAAGCAAUAAGGCCGAAAUUGAACGUUUGUUGGGUUGAGCGAGCAAACUUCUCGCCAGUGCUCAGAUUGGUCCAUGGAACUCGUCCGGUAUCAUUCACGACAGUCACUGCUCUUCGCCGCGAUGCUGCGUCCGGUAUCGAGGAGGAGGUUGCGCUUCGGCUUUGCUGCCGUCGGACGUGGCUCACUGCAGGCCGAGCUCCAGCCUGAAAGAUGUACAGAGGCGGAAUCUGCUUGGCGAUGGCCGGCUUCGCAAAUCGUUCGAGCAUGUUGGGCUGUAGAGUCG